AGGAGGAAAAUCGUUCACCUCGAGUUUCAGAGCAUUGUUUUUUUCUUUCUACAUGGAGGAGCCAGGGAACCCCAUUGCCCUGUUGCAAAAAAUUGUCCACGGAACUGGUCUGCCAGAAACCAUGUCUGAGUCCUCAGAACUUCUGAUGCAAUGUGAUGAGGAGGACCUUGAUCCAUGGCAAAAUGGCAACGAUGAUGCUAAGAGCGAAGGAACUAAAUCAAAUGGUAGUAAAACAAGCAAAACACCGUCUGCCGGAUCCCCUGCUGUCUCUUCAGCUGCACAAGUGCCAACAGAGGGCAAGAACGCUGCCUUGCCCAUCGUCAGUGCCACAGCCCUUCCUCUGGGUCAGACGCUAACACCUCAGGUUCAGUUUCCGCUCCAAGGGGCACCUAGCAUCACACCAGGUGUUGGUGCCCCAAGCAAGCCUAUCUACAUUGCCCCACAGUCUGUUCCGGUAGCAAGCCCAGUUGGUUCAGCUAUGGGGAAGACAAUUGGAUUCAUCUUGAAUGGUCAAACCUAUUUGACUGCUGGAACAGGCCAUCCAAUGAUUGCCCCCAAGAUGAUGGCGCCAGCACAGCCCUCACUGCAGGUGCCAGUGACCUUGACCAUUACAGGACCUUCGGGGGUGCAGACGGUCACUGCCAUGGCCUCAGCUGCAACGGUCAAUGCCAUGGCCUCAGCUGCUGGUCCCCAACUCAACCUUGCCCCCUCAGGCAUUGCACCCAUAUCCUCACCUCCGAUGGUUGUGACACCCCCGACUGUUGUGACACCCCCAGCUGUCGUGCCAACCAGUAUGGCCACUGUGUCAGCAACUCCACUUCGCGUUGCCAGUCCGCAGUCAAUAGCUCCUGUGCUGAGUCCUAGUCCACGCACAGUUUCUGUUGCCAGGGGAAACAGCUCAACCACAGUGAGUGCGCUGACCACCACCCCUGCUGUGCCGCCACCCCCGCCCCGACUUGCAGCUCCGAGCUCCAGCACCUUCCAGCUCAGAGUACCCUCAAGCCACUCCAAAGCGGCCAAGUCUUGUCCACGGUGCAGAUCUCCAUACAAGAUGGUUGCCUCUCUGCGUGGGUACAUGUGUCUAUGUAACCAGUUUCUCAUGAGGGCCAUUCAAAAGCUAGAGCCCACAAAGAAGAAAGAGAAACGCCUCAGUAUCCUCUCAAACUCAAAGAAAAAGCCUGCAGCCUCCAAAGCCGCCAGCAAACCUCCGCCCCCCGUACGCACCCCCAGGUUUGCACCAAGCUCCGAGGAGGAGGAGGAAGAGGAGGAAGAGGAAGAUUACGAAGAAGAGGAGGGCGGAUCCAGGCGUCAUGAAGAGGACGCGGGCAAGCUGAUCAUGCUGGUGGAGGAUUUCUACUAUGGCUUGGAUCGCGGUGUAGAAGUGGAGAAGACGCCUCCAGAGGAGGCUCUGAUGUUCAAGUGCCACUUAUGCGAUAAGAAGCUCAAGAAUAAUCUCAAGAUGAUGGUGCACACGAAGCAUCACGUAGAGAUGGACCAGCAGUAUGAAGCAGAGACCCAGACCACUUGCCAACACUGUUUCCGAAACUUUGCCUCACCUCUGAGCUUGCAGUACCAUGUGGAGAGUGUGCAUAGCCAAGCAGAGUCCUCCACAAAGUGUAGGAUCUGUGAGCUGGCCUAUGAGAAUGAGCCUGUUUUCCUGCAACACAUGAAGAAUUCCCACAAACCUGGAGAGAUGCCAUAUAUCUGCCAAGUGUGCGGAUUUCGCUCCUCUUUCUACCUGGACGUCAUCUUCCACUUCCGCGAUGUCCAUAGCAACACUACCCAUCUGCUGUGCCCCUACUGCCUGAAGGUGUUCCGCUCCAGCAGUAACUACCAACUGCACUACAGCCGCCACCAGAAAAAGUCUGUGUUGCAUUGUGACAAAUGCCGGUUGCAGUUCCUCUUUGUGAAAGAUCGGGCUGAGCACAAGCUCAUGCACCACAACACACACCGCAAGCCGUACCAACUUGAAGGACUGAAGCCGGGCACCAAGGUGACAAUCCGCACAUAUGCUGCCAUACCACCGACGCCCAAGCAGUUGCCCUACGGCAGUGCUGGGGGGGCGCCUCGGGUGAUCGAGGUGCCAUCCAUUCCCCAUCAACCAGAGCCACGACCCGCUAGACAGCCUACGCCCACACGCUCCAUCACCCCCAACUCCACCCCUGCCUUCCCCAAACCACUUACCCCAGUCAGAGCACAUACCGCCAACACCCAAAAGUCCCCUCCCAGUAAAACCUCCCCAAUUGCCCGCCUGUCUCCACUCCCCCCUCCCUCUGCCCAGCCCGUCCCAUUCAGGAAGGUCCCCAGCGCGAGCUUAUUGGACCUGAUGACCAAGUUUGAUGAACAGAAGUCCACGUUGGAAAAGGGAAGCUGUGUGGAGUGCACCUUUGAGGUUCCCAACUACACCCACCAUUACCCCACUUACGUGCACUGCUCGCUCUGCCGCUACAGUACCUGCUGCUCCCGUUCCUACGCCAAUCACAUGAUCAACAACCAUGUUUCUCGCAAGACUGGAAACUUGAGCAAGUACUUGUCCAUGUUUAGACCAUGUCCAAGGGACGUGCGGUUGUACUGUAUGUCAUGUGUUUACAACACUGAAGUGGGUGAUAUGAUGGCCAACCAUCUGGACGAGAACCCAGACCAUUAUGGAAGCUCCUUCAAACCUGCAGAUGGAUUCUCCUUAGGAUUCAAAAGGUUUGUCAUCAUACCAAAUGCACUCCUACAGGGAGGUGGCUCUCUUAUCAUCAAACAUCCUACAAACGUUGGAAAAGCUGGAAAGGAUAAGAAGCUGACACCAGGGACCAUAACUAUCAAGAAAGAGCCAGAGACGCCUCUCUCUACGGAGCAGCUGCAGAUCGUGUUAUUCGCCCUGUGCUGCGGUAUACCCCAGGCUGCCGCCCACUUUAAAACCCCGCCGGCCCACAUUCAGGCGUGGCUGAUCGAACGCAAGCAGCAGGGGCCGAGCAAGGGCCGCCGCGGCCUGGGGCCCCGAGCGGCCGACCGGCUGUCCGAGUGGGUCCUCGCGCAGCGCGAGCAGCAGCUGCCCGUCAACGAGGAGAAGCUGUUCCAGAGGGCCAAGGAGUGCGUGGGCGGCAGCGACCCGGGCUUGUCGCACGACUGGGCCGUGGACUUCCUGCUCCAGCACGAGCUCGGGGUGCAGACGGUGGGCACGGCGGGGCGCAUGCUCCCCCAGAGCGUGGAGGAGGGCGUGCGCUCGUUCACCCGCUUCAUGAAGAAGCAGGUCGGCGGCGCCCAGGGCUUCGGGCUGGGCAGCGUCGGAGCCGUCGACGAACUGGCCGUGUUCAUCGAUCUGGACAAGCUAGACCAGGUGUCGUCCCUUCCUUCGGUGUUCCGACUGUCCGACCCCGGCGAGCCCAUCAUGGACGUGGUCUUGUCCGCGAUGGCGGAUGGAACGCUGCUCCCUGCUAUGGUGUUCCUGAAGGGUGUCCCGCCAUCUUGCAUGGCGGCUGUUCCCGCCUCCGUCUUCCUCGAGGCUCGACCGGAGGGUUUUUCGGAGGAGGAGCGUCUGGAGCUGUGGCUGGCCAAGGUCUGGCGCCCGUUUAUCAACCCCAGCGCCGGGGGGAAAGGCCUACUGGUGAUGGAUCCCUACCGAGGGCACCUGGUCGAUGACUUCCUGGCUUCCCUAAACAGCGCCAACACUCUGCCCGCGGUGGUUCCCAAGGCCUGCUCCUGCUGCCUGCAGCCCCUAGAGGCCUGCACAGGCCCGGUGCUCCGCGAGUUCCUGCAGGCGUGCUGGACGCAGCAGGUGGCGUCCGCUCCCGAGAACCUCAUAGGGGCGCAGCCGGACGAGCUGGCGCUGCUGCUGAUCGGAUGGCUGGCGGAGUUGCUCCAGGUGCUGGGGGCUCGUCCAGACCUGCUGCAGCGGUCUUUCAAAAUGGCAGCGGAGCCUUUGGAGACGCAGGCUGGGGAAGGGCCCGCGGGUCUGGUGCAUGAGCUCACCGCGGCACUCCUUCAGUCCAACCCGCCGGAGAGCGAGGGGGAUGGGGAUGGGGAGGCGGAUCGAGCGGCCACCCCUGCAUCCUGGCCGUCACCUUCCACCAACCGCAAGAAGCUCAAACAGGUAUUUGAGAAGGACAGCGACCUGGAAUCUUUCCAUGGCUUCGAGGAGGCAGAGAUUGGACACUGAGGCAGAAAGGUUCGCUCACCAGACAAGGUCUGCGAACAGUGGCACCAUGCAUUGUAGAUGUAGACUAGUGGGUACCACUAGUUUACUGCGUGGUUAGCCAGACCUUUCUGAUUCUAAGAGCCUAGAUGGGGCCAUAUGUGAUGAUCAAUACAUCUUCCUUCACAUUGGUGUUGGACUACACCUUUUAUGUUUUGGACUUGUGAAACUACUGCUGCAGUUCUCUAUGGUGGAGCCUCCAUAUUAACCGGAAGACGGAACCUGAAUACACAACCUAAUGUAAAUAGUUCUUACCAUAUGCUUUAUUUGUAAAUCUGGAACUUGUUCACUGUUUCUUUUGUACUGACACAUAGUUUAUGCAUCUUUGUCUUUAUUCCUGUCCAGAAGAUUUUGUUAUUUAGAUCAAUAUAAAGAUAUCCUGACACAGAAUGGGCAUUAAAAGGCUUGAAGGAGAAACUGCCUCAAGUCCUUUUGCCAUUCAGUGUGUGCUGCUGUUUUCUUCCAGACUGUAAUAACACUGUAGACUGUAAACUGAGACCUAACAGAUUUCAAGUAAAAUAUAUUUUUGUAUCUACAAAUCACAACUCCUGAAUUUAAGCUGAAUGUUUUUUGCAUACCUACUGUUCAGGACCCUCAAGUCAAACUUUAGAUUCUUUCUCACCUUCCAUAAGAAUAUCAAGCAACCAGCUUUAACAAGUCAGAAAGCUGCUUUUAAAGAUGUGUUUCAGUGGAACAAAACAUCUAACCAAGAACAUGCCUUAUAAAAUCAUAUGGACUUUGAAGAGGUUAAUGUAUACUCUGGUUCAAUAAGAUUCCCUGUAGUACUCUAUAUAAGGUGUGUAGUUUCAUGUUAAACUAUGCAUUUGUUUUUUUAUUUCUAGGAUCUGCUCUGAUGACUAUUAUACGUGUUGGUUGACCCAAGUUGGUCAAAUCUGAUUACAACUAUAAUAAAGAUUUCUUUGUCUUAUA